UUUCAGCCAAUGGAAAAGAAGUAGAUUUGGACCAAUGAAAAUCUUUGUUUACCUGACGUUUCAAAGUUCAUGAACCAAAAAUAAUUCAAUAACCCAGAAAUCAUUGCGAAAAUAACCCGCUAGUUUUGAGCAUCAGUAAGAAAGAAUUGAAAAAUGGCUCGUACAAAGCAGACUGCCAGAAAGUCCACAGGAGGUAAAGCUCCUCGUAAACAACUUGCUACUAAAGCUGCAAGAAAGAGUGCACCCUCCACUGGAGGUGUCAAGAAACCUCAUCGUUACAGGCCAGGUACCGUUGCUCUGAGAGAAAUCAGAAGGUACCAGAAGUCCACAGAAUUGCUCAUCAGAAAACUCCCAUUCCAGAGAUUGGUCAGGGAAAUUGCACAGGACUUCAAAACAGAUCUGAGAUUCCAGAGUGCUGCAAUUGGAGCUUUACAGGAGGCCAGUGAAGCUUACUUGGUUGGACUUUUUGAAGACACUAACUUGUGUGCCAUUCACGCUAAGAGAGUCACAAUCAUGCCCAAGGACAUUCAGUUGGCCAGAAGAAUUCGAGGAGAGAGAGCAUAAUAGAUCUCCAUCCACCAUUCAUAAACACAGUAUCAUGUGAUUUUGUGAUAGACAAGCUGGAUUUACAUAGUGUUUCAGGACUAUAUUAUCUCGAAAUCAUUAGUGUCAUGACCAACAAAAACUCAUUUCAUUGUUUCAUAAGUUCAGAUUUUUAACAAGUUAAAAUAUUUUGUACCUUUUAUAACAAUUCAGGGGCAUGCCUAUAGAAUUUUAUCCAUUUUAAAAAUCAUGAUUACAAUUUACAUUGUCUCCAAGUAGAUGACUCUCUGUGUUGUAUCAGUGUAGUUUUAUUUUUGUUGUAAGUUGAUUUCCAAGACAAAAAAUAUCAAUCUUUGAUUUUGAUUUGAUUACUUUAAAAAUUUGGCAAAAGUUGGUACGCUUAUUUCUUAAGUUCUAAGUACAAUAUUUCCAGUAUUUGCAAUUGUAGCUGAAAUUGAUAGGUAUACUCAGUGAAUUUUAUUUUUUAUGUUGUCUUAAUCAUUAAAAUUUAGUUUUAAAACUUGAA